CCUGACGUUGACUCGCCACCAGCUGCACGUUCCUAGAGUGGACAUAAACGGCCGCCUCCCCCCGCCCCCGCCGUCGCGUAAAUUAGAGUUUUUGCGGCUCCGAACUCUCCAACCCACCAAAACUCCUCUUCUCCUCGCACUAAGCUUGCCGUCCCGUUCGAGUGAGUUGUUCGACAGUUGUUGUCUGCGAGCCCGCCCUUCUCUCUCCAUCACUCCAUCACUCCAUCACUCUCUCGCGACCACCCCCACGACCACGACCGCCGCCGCCGUCAGAACACAUCACUCAAUCGCUCGCUCCCUCCAACAGCCUCGUUUCUUGCUCCCGCUCUCGCUCAAACACAGUCGAAACGAAAAACGAAAAACGAAAGAAAACCGCCCGCCAUGAGUAAAGUCCACACCUCCCUUGCUAAAGCUACACCACCCGCUACACCUCCACUACACCUACAAUCAAAAUCAACAUCACUCCCUUCCAACUUCUCUACUUCUACCACCCCCACCACCACUACUACUACUGCCAUCCCACCACCACCACCUCCGCCCCCACUACAACAACCACCAUCACCUCCACCACCACCACCUCCGCCAGCUUCUUCGUUACCUCCCCGUCCUCCCCCUACGCAAGCUGUCCCCCGUAAAUCCUCACCCACCUCGAUAGCACCCAUCAUUCCAGCUUUGCCAAUGGCUCUCGUUGCUCAACGCGGCUCCAAGAAGUCUUACCCGCCGCCUGGCAUCGGUCGUGGUCAUUCGAGUCUCCCGCCGAAGCCUGGUUUCGUCAGCAAGCCGCUGCCGCGGGACACCGAGGCCAUCGUCCUGACUUCGGGCGGUGACAGCUUGUCGUUUGCUGCUCCCCCCAAGGGCAAGCGAACUUACUCGUCUGUCGCUUCCGAAACGACCAUGCGUCCGAUGGAUCCUGCCGUUACCAAUUUGACUCCCCAGAACAUCGUCAGCCCAUCUGCCCCAGCUCCCAGCCAUCAUACAGCUCCCGUUCAUACUGCUGUUCCUACUGCCCCCCAACCUCGUUCGUUGACACCACCUGCCGAACCCACCGUCAAGAAGAUUAUGGCUGGUAAGGAGCUGCAGGAUUUGGGCAACCUCUCAGUCGUUGGAUUUACUCCGACGCCUCC